AGUUUGCUUGUUCAUGCAUGUUUAGUUUGAUUUCAAAGCUGGGUUUUUUCUGAGUCUGGGUUCAGUUUCAGUUAGCAUGGAGUUUUUGCAAGCCUCAAAAGCUGAGAUGGGUCUCAAAGUUUUUCACGAUAUCUGGUCCAGGUUUGAGUAUCUAUGCGCUUUUGCUUCCAAUAUUGACGUUUUCUACAUUGUUGAUCAUAGCCUUUUCGAAUGAGUUUUUUGUGAGUGUCUGGGAAUCCGACGAUUGUUUUGUGGUAGAUGUUUUAGUGUAGUUAUUAACAAAUCUUUGAUUCUUCAUGGGGUUGAAUAUUCUUUUCCAUUAUUCUAAUUAGUUCUUCAUUGUACACACACGCACACAUUCUUCAUAUAGGAACACUUGCAUUUUCAAUAUUCCUUAAUUCGUCUCUGUAUUUUUGUUUAUCGGAUUCCUUCCUAUUUUAUUUCUUUUGUGUUUCUUGAAAAUCACACACUCACUUAGAAUUUGUCCAUCUCUGAUCUCUCUAGAUUUAGUUGUCCAAGCAUACAUGCAAGGUUUCAUAUGAACAUAUAAGAUUUUAUACAAAAACUCAUACAUUGCAUAAGACUUGUAUACACAGAGAGAUAGGGAAAGAAAAUAGAGAGUACAAACUGGGGGUGGGUGAAUUGAAAUUGAACUUAGAAAAAAUAGGAAGGUUGUAGAGAAAUGUUGGCAGGGUGUUCUAGUUCAACAUUGCCGUCACCAAGGCAUAGACUGAGGAGUGAAGCGUCUGCACAGUUUCAAGCUUGCCAUUUCCCAACUUCAAUGAGCACACAGAGAUUGGACCUGCCUUGUAGUUUUUCUCGCAAGGACACUACUUCAAGGGCACAGCCUAUUAGGCCUGUUGGCCUUUCUGUGGAGAAACCAAUUGAGUCCAAGACCAGCGGUUGUUCUCUCAAGCAGAAUAUCCGGCUGCCGCCAUUGACUAUUGCUGCACAGAAUCCAUUUGAAGGACGGAGGGAGAUCAAUGAUGAGCUUUGGGAGAAAGGGAAAUGUUUGAAGAGGUUUGCUGAGGGUUUAAUUGAUGAGUCAGUCGUUGACAGGGCAAAGAGGAAAAAGGGUAGCUGUCAUAAUGAUAUUACUGGUGGUAUUCAUGAAGGUGGUGGAGAUAAUUUGCGUCUGGCCCAACUUGGUGCUGGAGAUUUUUGGUUUCAACCAAGUUUUACUGGACAAAGUGCUCCUCAAGUUCCUUUCUCUCUGAAUUGUUCAGGGGAUGAAGAAAGGGUGUGUUUUGCGCCCAGUGAAGUGAUUUCACUGCCUUUGCCGUCCUCUAACAAUCCUUGGACCGAAUCAGUAAUAACUGAAAUCACUGAUGCCGGAGAAAAAGAUGUCGAGACAAUCCAUAGGCCGGUGGAAGCUUCGGGAUCGAGUACUUCUUCCGAGAGUCAUAGUUUGGGACUUCGGUUAAAUGAACAAGUCACUGAACAUGAAGUGGGCAAUGGGUCAGGGAAUCCUCGCCCACAUGAGGUUGCUGGUAUGGGGGCUUAUGAUGAGGAGGAGAACAACCAUGGGGAGCAUCAGGGGUUUGAGCUUGUUCACUUACUUGCAGCUUGUGUUGAAGCAAUUGGAUCGAAGAACAUUGCGGCCAUCAAUCAUUUUAUAGCUAAGUUGGGUGAUCUUGCUUCUCCAAGAGGAAGUGCUAUAAGCCGUCUAAUUGCAUACUAUACUGAAGCUUUGGCUCUUCGAGUCGCAAGGCUUUGGCCUCACAUUUUUCAUAUCACACCUCCCCGUGAGCUUGAUUGGGUUGAUGAUGACAAUGCUACUGCAUUGAGGCUCUUGAAUCAGAUAAGUCCAAUUCCGAAAUUUCUUCAUUUUACAUCAAAUGAGAUAUUGUUGAGAGCCUUUGAAGGGAAAGACAGGGUUCACAUAAUAGAUUUCAACAUCAAGCAAGGACUUCAGUGGCCUAGUUUGUUCCAGAGUUUAGCUUCAAGGGCUAAUCCACCAAGCCAUGUUAGAGUUACCGGAAUUGGCGAGUCGAAACAAGAACUGAAUGAAACGGGAGAUAGGCUCUCGGGAUUUGCUGAGGCAUUGAAUUUGCCUUUUGAGUUCCAUCCAGUUGUGGACCGGUUAGAAGAUGUAAGGUUGUGGAUGCUCCAUGUAAAGGAGAAUGAGACUGUAGCUGUGAACUGUGUGUUUCAACUGCACAAGACACUUUAUGAUGGAAAUGGUGUAGCUCUCAGGAAUUUCUUGGGACUUAUUCGUAGCACGAACCCUACGGUGGUCAUCAUGGCCGAGCAAGAAGCUGAACAUAAUGUACUCAGCUUAGAAGCAAGGGUUUCCAACUCAUUGAGAUACUACUCUGCCAUAUUUGACUCCAUUGAUUCAAGCCUUCCCAUGGAGAGUCCAGAUGGGAUCAAAGUAGAGGAGAUGUUUGCAAGUGAAAUCCGGAACAUAAUUGCUUGCGAAGGACGCGACAGGGUAGAAAGGCACGAGAGUUUUGAAAAGUGGAGGAGGUUGAUGGAGCAAGGAAGGUUCAGGUGCAUGGAGAUCACAGAGAGAGAAGUGGUUCAGAGCCAAUUGCUGUUGAAGAUGUACUCUUGUGACAAGUACAAUGUGAAGAAGCAAGGGGAAGAUGGUGGAGCGCUUACUCUAAGUUGGUUAGAUCAGCCACUUUAUUCAGUCUCAGCUUGGACACCCAUUGAUGUUGCAGGCACCUCAUCCUCAUUUCCUCAGCCAAACUGAUUAGUUUUAUUCCAUUAUUGAGUACAGAAAAGGCGACACAAGGAUU